GGCGUUGAAGAAGUGAGGGCGAGUCGAGGCGAAGGCGCAAAGCGCGCGGUGGGGGGGUCGAAGCCGCCGCCGCCAUGUCGAGCGGGGCUCCGGGCAGCUCCGUCUCCGACCCGCAGCACGCGGCGCGGCUGCUGAGGGCGCUGAGCUCCUUCCGUCAGGAGGGCCGCUUCUGCGACGCCAACCUGGUGCUGGACGGGCAGGAGAUCCCGGUGCAGACCAACAUCCUGGCCGCCGCCAGCCCCUACGUCAGAACAAAACUGAACUAUAACUCUCCCAAGGAUGAUGGAUCCGUGUAUAAAAUUGAACUUGAAGGGAUAUCUGUGGAUACCAUGAAAGAGAUUCUGGACUACAUCUUCAGUGGCCAGAUCAAGCUAAGCGAAGAAACCAUCCAGGAUGUGGUACAAGCUGCUGACCUGUUGCUGCUUACGGACCUGAAAAAGCUCUGUUGUGAGUUUCUGGAGGGUUGCAUUGCUGCUGAGAACUGUAUUGGCAUUCGGGACUUUGCACUACACUACUGUCUCCUCCACGUUCACUACCUGGCCUCAGAGUAUCUUGAAACACACUUCCGGGAUGUCAGCAGCACAGAAGAAUUCCUAGAACUCAGUCCUCAAAGACUAAAAGAAGUCCUCUCCUUGGAGAAGUUAAACGUCGGGGAUGAAAAACAUAUUUUUGAAGCGGUCAUUCGGUGGAUUUCCCACGAUCCCGAAUUAAGAAAGGUUCAUAUGAAGGAUGUUAUGUCAGCUGUGUGGGUCACUGGAUUGGACUCUACCUACUUGCGUGAACAAAUGAUGAACGAGCCAUUGGUUCGGGAGAUUGUCAAAGAAUGUAACAACAUUCCACUCACUCCCCCCCAGCAAGAAGAGGCGAUGCUGGCUUCUUUUAAACCCCGGGGAUACUCUGAGUGUAUCGUGACUGUCGGGGGUGAAGAAAGAGUCUCCAGGAAGCCCUCAGCUGCAGUGCGAUGCAUGUGCCCUUUGUACGAUCGUCACAGACAAUUGUGGAUAGAGCUAGCUCCUAUGAGUACCGCCAGGAUAAACCACAGUGUGCUUUCUGCAGAGGGGUUCCUGUUUGUCCUGGGAGGUCAAGAUGAAAAUAAAGCCACGCUAAAUUCGGGCGAAAAGUACGAUCCAGAUACAAAUACGUGGAGCCCCUUGCCACCGAUGACUGAGGCCCGGCACAAUUUUGGUCUGGUCGAGAUUGAUGGGGUGCUGUACGUUUUGGGAGGCGAGGAUGGAGAACAGGUGCUCACUUCCAUGGAGUCCUAUGACAUUUACAAUAGGACAUGGACAAAGCAACCAGAUUUAACCAUGAUUAGGAAGAUUGGUUGCUACGCAGCUAUGAAGAAGAAGAUCUAUGCAAUGGGCGGUGGUUCCUAUGGAAAGCUCUUUGAGUCUGUGGAAUGUUACGACCCGAGGACUCAGCAGUGGACGGCCAUCUGCCCACUGAAAGAGAGGAGGUUUGGGGCCGUGGCGUGUGGCGUGGCUUCAGAGCUCUACGUCUUCGGCGGUGUGAGAAGCCGCGACGACAAUCAAACCAGUGAGAUGGUGACGUGCAAAUCAGAAUUCUACCACGAUGAAUUCAAAAGAUGGAUCUAUCUGAGUGAUCAGAAUUUAUGCAUCCCAGCCAGUUCCUCGUUUGUGUACGGAGCUGUGCCCAUUGGGGCCAGCAUAUAUGUGAUCGGGGAUCUGGAUACAGGUACCAGUUACGAUUACGUUCGGGAAUUCCGAAGAAGCACCGGAACGUGGCACCCGACGAAACCACUCUUCCCGUCCUACCUUCGCCACACCGGAUGCGCUGCUUUGCGCAUCGCCAACUGCAAACUCUUCCGCCUCCAACUCCAGCAGGGGCUGCUCCUCUCCCUCCGCGCCCGCGUCCCUUCUCCUUGACCGUCCUUCACGCAGCGGCCCGGCAAGAGCGUCCGGGGAAAGCUGAUAAAACCCGCUUUAUGUAAACGGAGAAGCCAACAACGUCCUGCAAGCAGACAUUUAAACCGUAUACUCGGCUUUUUGGUAUGAUAACCAUUCUAACUUUCCUUUCGUUGCUCAAAACGCUUAAGCCUCGGCCUGUCUCUGGAGGGGCUCACGGGAGAAAAAUGGAAGAGGUCCCGUUACUUACACGUGUUAAGCCACGCGGCUGGAGGCCGUCCCUUGGUUUCCAACGAAGAACAAUAGUGUCAAAAGAAAACUUACGGAAAAAUGGAGCAGCAUCUGCAGGAUGUGUUUUCACCAAGGGGGAAUGGUUGUGAGUAACAAUGUUGUGGUGAGCUGGGGAAGCCCGGCUGGCAGGCGAUAUACUGAAUGAAAAUCAAUUUCUCUCUCUCUCUCCUCUCUCUCCUCUCUCUCUCUCUCUCUCAUGCCAAAAGAGACUUUUUUUUUUAAGAUCCACUGGGAGGAAGAGAAAAAUGGGCAGGUGAAUUUUUAUUUUCACAGCUUUCUUUGCAAUUGGGAGGCCUCUGCCCGGAAUGACACGUAAAGCCAUCUUUCACACUUUUUUUUAUUCCUAGGAAAUUUUUUUUUUUAAACGAAAUGGACUAAUCUCUAAAACCAAGCUCAGCAUUGUGCCGUUAAAAAAAAAAAAGGGAACUAAAUAUGAUUACAUACUGUAGGUCUUUUAUUAUUUGUGGUUCACCUUAAAGGUAUUUUGGACUUCAGGAACGGAUCUCAAUGAAUGAGAUGGGUGAGAAUGAAUGUCAGAAGUGCCAUACAUUAUUAUGAACGGGGCAGGUAGCACAUAUUUGGGGUAGGAGUGGGGUGGGGGGGGGCAGAAGAGCAAUUAAUACAAGGAGAAUAUUUCCAAACAUGAUGAAUUAAAAAAUGCAAGUUUUCAGGAGUAAAAAAAAUAUAUUCCUAAACGGUUGUAUUACGGAUGAAAGGUUCAGAAGAUAACUUUUUUCUUUUUUUAAUCUUCUUGUAAAGUGGGAGAAGGGGCGGUGAAAUUAUUAAUACAUUUCAGACACUGUCUGGAGAAUUAUAUGGGGGGAAUCCAACGUUUGGUGUAAAAAUUACCUCUUUCUCAGAACAUUGUGCUGAAUAUUGUUGAUACUUAUUACAGUGAAGGUUUUAUUUUUAUUUUCCGUUUUAUAAGUUUAUUUUUUUUGAUCAUAAAUAUUAAUAUUUAAUUAGACUAUAGAUAAUUUGCUAGUCACAAUACUGUUUUACCUUUCUACUUAAGCGUUAUUUUGUUACACCUUGUUAAUGAAGCUCUAUAAACGAAAAGCAAAAAAAAAAAAAAGAAGAGGUCACACCGUUGAAAUAUUCCAUGUUCUUGCGCUGCAGAUUCUGGAAAUGGCACUGUUCCAACAAUGGUGUUGUUUUCCAUUGUAUGUGUGUGCCCAGUAAUGCAUAUUAUUGGGCCAGAUGUUUACAGUAACGUGAAUCCAAUGGAAUUUAUGUGGAUGUCUUGGAGCACAUCUCAGGGCUGCCAGGUGUUCCUGGAAUACAACUCCCAUCAUCCUUCGUGCCCUCGAAGGUUGGGGCUUCAGCGUUUGUGGAUCCAGAAUGCAAAGACCCCCAUUCCUUCUGGAGGAGGAAUAUAGGCCUCCAGAUUUGUGGGCCUUUCUCCACCUGAUCUUAGAAAGUCCAUAUUUUGACAGGAAGGCUGUCAUCGGUACACAAACAGUAAGACUACAACAUCUGGGGUUAAAGAGCAAAUCCUAAGCACAUUUUAAAAGUUUUGUUUCUGUUGCGAGUAAAGAUCUGCUAUGCAUUCCUUCGUAGAUCUACUCACAGAUCUACAACGAUCCAAUUGUUGAGGGCUUGUUUUCACAUCAGAAGCACAGGCUUACCGCAUUUCUCCGCGUGUUAGCCAGAUCUUGUUCUUCUUUCAAAAAGACAAACUCGUGCAAACAUUUAGAUAAAAGAUACACAUUUAGGUCACAGUGGCUGCAAAUAUGGUUCCCCAAGUUUUGCUUUUUUUCGAUGUCGGAAGUAUUUUGGAAGGUUUGAGUAGCUGCUCCACCUUCUUCUACAGCAGGGGAGUCCAACUUUGGCAACUUUUAAGACUUGUGCUGGGGAAUUCUGGGAGUUGAAGCCCACGAGUCUUAAAAGUUGCCAAGGUUGGACUCCUUAUCCUCAAGUCUUCUAAUGGUUCUCUGUGUCUUAGUGGAAUAGGGGUCCUUUUCUUCAGCUAUUUCUCCUCCUUACAAUCCCCAGCCACUUUACCUGGCAAUUUAAUGCAAAGGACAUUCUUCAAAGCUUCCCUUGAGAUGCUUCUGGCUCUCUUGAUCUAAACUAGGGAUCAACACUCAAAGAACCACAAAGGUCCUAACCGGAAGCCUCCCGUUCAUUUCUGGAGCAGACUAGCAGUCCGGUUCCCCCACCAUAGAGUCUCCUCCCAGCGCGGUGUUCUUUUUCCUCUACCUGUCCUAACCGAAAACCCUAUCAAUUGUGGAGCUGACUAGAAAACCCGCCCCUUGCCAUAGAGUCUCCUCCUGGCGUGCCAUGCUUUUCCUCUCCCUAAAGGGAAGCUCCUCUCAAAAUUGUGGUGCCAACUGGCGAGAGGGAGCCGCAACAGAAGAGCCACAUGCGGCUCCAGAGCCAUGGGUUGCCAACCCCUGCUCUAAACAAUUGAAGUAAGCAAUACACCAAUCAAGGAAGUGCCACAUAAAUCAACAGUAAACAGCCCAGCCAAAGAACCCCUGAGGUCACCCUCACCAAGACUUGACAGGGUAAGCCACCAGAAUAUAAUCUGAGAGAGGCCAUCACUCCCUACUAGCACUGAUGAUAUUACUUAGUUGGGCCAUGAAAUGUCUGCAAGAAAACAGCCAAGCUCAGAGAGCAUCAAGGACCCCUCCUUUCCACCCUGAGCUACACAAAUAUUCUCUUUUUAUCUCUUGACCUUCUAAUAUCCAAAACAUAGAGAAUCAUCCAGUUGGAUCUUCGUUCAUUGUCUUUCUUUGGGAUUCCCUCCAGUAUGAUUCCAUUCCGAUGGGAGCAAAAUAAGAACAACAGAUUGGAAAGCAUAAAAGGAAGAAGAAAAGGAGAAGCAUUUGUCACCUGCUUAGUUUGCAGAAAUGAGCUGAAUAGAAUUGAAUAGAAACAGAAUAGAAUAGAAUUCUUUAUUGGCCAAGUGUGAUUGGACACACAAGGAAUUUGCCUUGGUGCAUACGCUCUCGGUGUACAUAAAAGAUACAUUCGUCAAGAAAUGUUGGUGCUCAUCCAUUCGGUGUUCGGUUUCUCCUUUUUAUUGGCAGUUUCUCUUUUUGGAUGGGAAAUGUGUGUUUUCAAGUCUGCCUUUUUUGAGUUAAUUUUUUGGGGGGGUUAAUUGUCUCCCCUCCAUUGGAAGCCCCCAGCAAGAGCAGAUGGAGAAGCUAGCUUUAUAUUAUUAUUCCUUUGACUCAAAGCUCUCUUCUCUUUUCCCCAUGCAAGCUCUCUCCUGGUUCUUGCAAGUGAUUGUUGCCCAGGUGUACCUAUAAAAACAAGACUUUGAACUGAAUGAUGUCAGGAAGGGUCUUUUCUUGCUUUCCUUGAGAAUUCAAAGAGGUCGGAGUUCAUUUCGUUUCAAACUAUUAAAUGCGAGUGCCUCGCUAAUUGAACAAGUAUAGUAAGGAGCUGUUGUGGUCCGCCCGCCACCUGCGGAGCUGGCAGCGGAGUCGGACAGUGAUGAGGCUGAGGAAGAACAUGGGCCAGUCCUGGAGGCUGGGGAAGGCCUGGAUGAGGGCUCUGCGUCGGAGGCAGAGAUAGGGCCAGGGCCACUGAGGAGUGAUGCGCGGACUUCGGAGCCUCCAGAGGCUGAUAGUAGAGAGGGAGAGGAACAGGAGGAGCCUGUUCCUAAUGCACGUAUGAGAAGAGCCGCCAGAAGGCAGGAGCAGCUAAAGCAGAGAGGACGACUCAGGAGUAAGGUCAAGAGAUGAUUGGCCCCUCCCAUAAGGCUUAAAAGACCAGCAACGGCUCUUGGCCUCUUUGCCGGAAAACGACAUUGAGAGAUUUGCUUCUUGUUUCACUGUAUUCAUUUCUUGUCGGCGUCUUCUGCUUCUGAACUUUUGCCAAGAAAAGUCUUUGGCAGUUUGCCUAAUUAUCCCAAGGUCAGUGAUAAAGUGAGGAAUGGUGUUUUGAAGAAUUUGCUUUAAUUUACUUUGGACUACGCUGAGAAUGAGUUAAUUCUCAGCUGUUCUAAUAAAGUCUGUUUGUUUUCGAACUGUUUGUAUUUACUACUAACUACUUGGGCCUGGGUCACAACAGGAGCUUUGCAAUUUGCUGAGUGUUUUCCUUUCUUUUUCUCUUAAAAGCCAGCUUUUGAGUUCUUUGCACGGGAGGUAAUUUACGAUGCUUAAGAUGCAGUAAAAACAACUUAAUAAUAGCGCUGCAUUUAAGGGGUACAGAGGGCUGUUUGGGCAAAGUUAAAAUACGUAUUUUAACUUUGCCCAAAUUGGUUCCUUUUCUAGGAGCUAAAAGUCUUUUCACAGGGAACAUUCUGUCGGACAGAUACGUUCAGUUAGUCUGAUUCAUUUGCUGGCCUUGGCUAACAUUGCCAUUCAUAGAGAAAGUUUUUGCCAUGAUUCAGAGUGACUCCCAUCAAUCUGUAGGGUUAUUUUCCUGACUUGUGGUCUUGGAGCCAAAUUAGAUAUUGGUCAAUCUUGAGUCUCAAAAUCAAGUUGCUGUUGUCUCACCUUUAUAUAGCAGGGUUACAAGGAUGACUUAAAGCUGGGGUCUCCAACCUUGGCAACUUUUAAGACUUAUGGACUUCAACUCCCAAAAGCUGGCUGAGGAAUUCUGGGAGUUGAAGUCCAUAAGUCUUAAAAGUUGCCAAGGUUGGAGACCCCUGAUUUAAAGGGAAGAGAUCCUCCCCUCACCCCCAAUCAGUUCUGUAUCUGCAUUUCUGCUGGGGAGAAGUAAUUUAAGCAGAAAGUUUUCUCCCCGAUGCUACUUUAUAAAUUUGUUUGCUGUGUUUAGUUUGACUCUUUGAAAGUCCUGUGGGGUUUUUUUUUUGGUUUUGUUCUGUUUUUUUUUUUAAAAUAAUAAUAAUUCCCACACCCUGAACUUUUGCAAGUACUGUAGUCCUAUGCCUAGGCUACCGCUAGUAGAUUGGAGAGCAGCUGUUCAUAUUUUAUUUCAGAGUGUGUUGCAAUUCACAUAUUUGACCACACAAGUCACACCUAUUUGUCCACCUUUGGCAAACUGUUUUUUAAAGAGUUUGGAAAGAUUAACAAGGCAUAUUUGAACCUGGCUCUCAAAGUGUCCGGUUUACGAUAGUCAAACAUUAAUUUCGUUUUUAAAAACGAGCAUUUAAUGGUGGUGAAAAACGCCUUCAUAUUCUGGUUGUGUUUUCCUCUCUGGAUGAUUAAAACGGCAUCCCUAGAUUUCUUUUCUGUAAUGUAUCUUCUCUCUUCCAUAGUUACCUCAGUAGUUUUCAAAAUCACAGAGCUGGUGUUUGUCACGCCUAAGGCACUUUACAAUAACAGAAAACUUGCAGUGAGUGCCAGCUUUUUCAACACAGGUGCUGCUGAACUCAUCAAAGUGCAGGGCUAUUACAAUAUUGAAGUCUACUGUAAAACUGCUUAAACGAUAGCUGCACGUACGUUCUUCUCGUUUUGUCUUAAUUCUGAGUCUAAAAUCGCCUUGGACAACAUCACUACCUGGGCAGUCCUGUCCCCUUGUUAUAACAGUGCCAUCCUUGGAAAUGAAUGAUGAGUUUAAACUGUCCCCCUUUUUAUUUCAACAGGCUCUUAGGGCAAAGUCAACGGCAGAGGGUUUAGGAAAGAUUGCAUCCACGCCUGCUCUUAGAAUUGCUUCUGUUCAGGGCAGGACAACCUAUACUUGCAAUGAGUAAAUGGGCUGGGCUGGUUCUUAGGAGCUGUGUGUAGUUCCUGUUGCAGAUGGUGGCAGCCCAGAAUGACCCAACUCUCAAUAUGCAUUGCUUGUUGCAUUAAUCGAUUUUAUUUGAUUAAUAGAUGUCUCAGUCUCUGGCUGAGAAACUCUUUAGGUCUGGGUUGUCUCUAAGGAUACCAAAUUUGGAGAUCAAAUGCAGUUGGUAUGUUAUAACCCGCCUGUAUCUUUUAUUAGUUUCCCUUUUUGGAUAGCCAUUUGUCUGAAGUGGUGUAGGGUUUCCUGCCUAAGCAGGGGAUUGGACUAGAAGACCUCCAAGGUCCCUUCCAACUCUUCUCUUCUCUUCUCUUCUCUUCUCUUCUCUUCUCUUCUCUUCUCCUCUCCUCUCCUCUCCUCUCCUCUACUCUACUCUACUCUACUCUACUCUACUCUACUCUACUCUAUUCUUUCUCUGUUUUCACCACACUUUCAAAGGUUUACAGCUAAAACUACAUUUUUCUGAUGUUUCUGCAGUACUCUUUGUAUAGAUUUGCAACAAUAUCCCCCUUCCUACCUGUGGAAGGAUAGCUUUAAAGGCACAUCUGUUGAACCACCACUGGGCAGAUUUCCCUUACUUCGUUCCGUCAUUCUGGUUUAAAAUCUGAAUGUAUCAAGUUCUGUUCUCAGUAAGGUCAGGAACAUAUGUACUGUAUUCUGAAUGUGAAACUGACAAAACCAACAUAACGUUACUGUCUUUCUCUUUGUUUUUCCUAAGUGAUUCAUUUUAGUAGCCGUUAGUUUACUGUUUAUUUCUAAUUCAGCACCUAGACUUGCGUUCUUCAUAAUUUCAGCUCAUUGAAACAGCUCUAUGAGCUACCAGGUUCUGCUACUGUAGAAUAAGCUUGAAAUUUCUUUGAAGUCAGGUUUUUUGUUGUUGUUCUAAGUCUAGUCACUGUAUGAUCAAGAAUAUAAGUAUUGAACCUGCUAGUAUUAACUAAACCACCCAAGUGCCUAAUAUGAGUUCAAUAGAAAGGAGGUUCCCCAAGUCAGUGGAGAUAAAAACGUCUUCAUUGAGCUGAAUAUAAUCAGAUUAAGUAAAUGUAUUAGAAAUUAUUUUUAAUCCUUAAAUGUUCCAUAUUUAUCAUUGCCACCUGCUGCCUAUUAGGUCAGAGAGGAUUGUCUGCCAACUAAAACGAAAUACAGUAAAAAGUUUGUAGAGAAAGUAGGGAAACAAGAAAUUGGACUAUUGACUAUUAUUUUAAUUUGUCCCUGGUCAGCUGGAUGCUAACUCCUGCCCUGCAGUCUUUAACGUAUAACCCUUUUAGAGAAAGAAAAUCACACAUUACAUGAUCCGUUGAUUUGAAACUGGUAGAUUAUAAAUGUAAAACAGAGCUUCUAUGUUUAUGUUCUCACUAAAGGUUCACCGCUCGCUCUAAGAAAAUAUUUUGCUUUUAAAUAUUUACAAGUUAUAAGUUAGAAUAAGUAUCGGUCAACUCUACCACUUGUAAUAUGACUAAUGAUGUUGUAACUAUGCUGUAAGCCCGGGGACAUAGAUUGAACCGUAGCUGAAAACCGUGUUGUAAAGAAUGACAUCUUGACAAAACCAGUUCUCUUUGGAAUUUAAAUUUUCCAACAAGUCCAAAGAACCUAAUUAGUCACUAAAGUAACUUUUAGCCAAUAGAAAAACAAAAUAUACCAACCCACUGACCCAGAGUGUUUGGUCUUAGCUAUAACAAUAUCAAUGGCCUGUAAGUUUUUUUUUCCUUGAAUUUGAAUAGUUAACUGUGGCAAAAAAAAAACCCUCCCCAAAAUAGCCUGCAAAUUAAAGAGGAAAUUUCCAGCCAUUUGCUUUUCAGGAAAAGAAGAAUAAUCGGCAUAAAUGCAAAAGCUAAACUUUGCUCACUGCGUUUAGUAUAAUUAUUGCGUAUUUUUGUUCGGCUUGACGCCAGGAGCCCUGACCAUGGUGAUUCAUGUCGUCGUUAAGCAAAUCUGGCUUCCCCCAUUGACAUUGCUUGUCGGAAGGGCCCCCCCUUUCCCCCCCGGGAAGGGCGUAAAAUGGAAGUCAUGGGGACACCCCCCCCCAGGACACUGAUGCAUGCUGGUGCCCCAAAUUUUGAUCACCUGAUGGUGAGGGUCAACUGUAAGUCACUCUUUUCAGCACCCUCCUAACUUCGAAUGGUCAUUAAGUGAAUAGGAAGUUGAGGAUUUACUUACCUGUAUUUAUCCUUUAGAUCUGGGCUCCCAGUAGGCCCGCUAGCAGAAAGGCCAUCAGAAGGGGUUGCCUUUUGUUCGUUGGGCAACCUCUCGUUUGCUCCCUCUUCCCUUCCUUUUCAUCAGAACCUCAGCACUUUUCAGAUUCCUAAUUGCUCAAUUCUGAUUUCUACUCCGGGGGGGGGGUUGGGUUGGAUGUGGUGGCUCAGUGGCUAAGACGCCGAGCUUAUCAAUCGAAAGGUCAGCAGUUCGAAUCCGUAAUGCUGCAUAAUGGGGUGAGCUUGUCCCAGCUUCUGCCAACCUAGCAGUUCGGAAGCACGUAAAGAAUGCAAGUAGAAAAAUAGGGACCACAUUUGGUGGGAAGGGAACAGCGUUCCAUGCACCUUUGGCGUUGAGUCAUGCCGGCCAUGUGACCACAGAGACAUCUUCGGACAGCACUGGCUCUUCAGCUUUGAAAUGGAGAUGAGCACCGCCCCCUAGAGUCAGGAACAACUAGCACAUAUGUGCAAGGGGAACCUUUACCCCGGGGGAGGCGGGGAGAGAGGCUUUAUGGUAAAUUCAACUCAAUAUGCCUCCUUUCCCCCCUGUUUUUAUCAGAACCAUCUACAGGCAAAGCGAUUUCAAGAAUAUGUACUUCCGCAACAAAGAAGUGAGUCAAUGAUUGAUGCCUUUUUGCAGCUUCCUAGGCAAAAUCAUGUUUGCCUCCACAACUAUGCAACCAUGGACAGACAGGGUGCUUCUUUGGGAAAGGCCUACCUAGGAGAGAGGGCAGAAUCUCUUGGACUCUCUCUUGAUUCCUUACCCUAGUUGACCAACUCUCUAUGCAUAUACGAAAGCAGUGGGUGGUGCUUGAAUCGUUCCGUUUAUUUCUUGCUGCUUAUUGUCAAAACUCCAGCAUCUGAUCAAAAGGUCCAGUCUUCAAAGGGAGUUAAUUUUGAUUUAUUGAGGCUGAAGGUCUCCAAACAUGGCAACUUUUAAGACUUUUGUGGGUUUCAAUUCCCAGAAUUCCUCAGCCAGCCGUGAAUUCUGGGAGCUGAAGUCCACAAGUCUUUAAAAGUUGCCAGGUUUGGAGAGCCCUGGUUUAGGCCAUCAUGAGCUAAAAGGUUUACAGCUAGAAAGAAAGAAAAAAGAGGCAGGCUAGCUACUUUUUUUCUGCGUGCAAAAGGUUCUGGUCGGCUUGCUUGCACCAUAACUUUUGGGUCAGUCUUCCACGCUUGUUGGUCAUGUUAACUGGUUUUUCCCACGUAGCAACGGUGAGAUUCAUUUAAUUCUUUCUUAAAUUAAAAACUGCAUCUGGAGAAUGCAUCUGUACGCGUCUGUGAUUUGUCCACAUAAAUGGAAGGGUGCUGUUAUUAUGGCUACACUGCUUUUAAUGGGGCUCAAAUACAUCUGAUCUUAAUUGUGUUCACAGGCAUCUUUAGGAAAGCUCAAGGUAAAACUCAUUGUUUUGUUUUGUUUUUAAAUUCAACGCGAAAUGAAUUCAGGGUAUAAAUUUUAAGCAUUGUAUCGACUUGUUGAGGUGUAGCCAGACCAGAAGGUGUAAUUCAGAUGUUUCUUAUACUUCCAACAUAGCCACAGUGUUUUUAUUAAUAGAAUCACACGUUUAUUUAAAGAAACAUACCUUUUUAAUACUUUUCUCCGAGGGGCCUUUUCUAAAGGAAGCACAGAAUAUCGAUUAGCAUGGUGGAAGCAGAGGGUUUUGUACUACAGCGUUUAUAUAUGUGUUUUUCAAAAAAAAAAAUCAAUCAUGCUUUUUGGCUAGGCCCAUGCAGGUAUAAUGGGCCAAAAAAAAAAAAAAAAGGGAAAACACAAUUAUUUUCCAACACUAUAUGCUUUGCCUGGAUCUCUGCCUGUUGGGGUCGAGCCCUUUACUCAUCCGUUCUGGAGAGUUAAUAGCAUCAGACUUCUUUAAAAGUGAACAGCUAAUGUGAGAUGUUUUUCCCCAUUGGGAAAGAGAGAUUCAUGGCCAUCUACAAAAGUAAGCAAUUAUUACUGUUCUAUCUCUGACUCAUCUUCACCGGAAAUUACACUUUCCACCCAUUGGAAGUUUUACAGUUGAACUGCUGAAUUUCAGAAUACUUACUGUAUUUCUCUUGUUCGUGUAGUAGUAGCAGCAGCAGCAGAAGUAUAUGUUGUUCUAAUUGUUACCUUAAGGGUUAACAUUAAAUAUCCUGAGUCAUUAAUAACAUGGGAAUCAGAAACAGAAUCAGAAAUAGUACACCAAGUGUUAAAAAAAUAAUAAUAAUCCCACUUACACUGUACAUAUCAUCAGUUGAUUUGUGCACAGUUUAAGUGAGCUUGUGAAUUCCACUAGGUUACUGAAAUUGCAAGCCAGAUAAUCGGAAGAUUAACAUAGGAAUCAGAUCAAAAGGUGAUUUUGAAACACACCAUGCAAAUUUACCUGAAAUUAAUUAUACAGUGCCAUGAGAGAGUUCACAAUAUCAAGACCCGUAGAUUGCCAAUAAUAAAAUACCCUUAUAUUCACAGUCUUCUGUAAAACAUAUGGGAUAUGCUAAGUUGUACUAACUAGACCUCCAAAAUCGCUUUUGCAUUAUAAACUCGGUCAACCGGAUUUGUUCAGAUGUCAUAUUUUACCUUAAGAGAGCUCAACAUGUACUGUUUUGUUAUUUUGGGGGAUUAAUUUUUAUCUACUCAUUUUAAUGUGGUGAGGUAUACCCCGAGUCAGUUGGAAUCAGGCAGCCUCCAAAAUCAAAUAAAUGAAAUAAACCGAUCCGUCUCCAUCCUUCUAAACCCAUUUAUAACAUCAAACAGAUGUCGCCCAAACAUCAAUCCAAGCUAACUCCUAACCAUGUCAGCAGGAAAUUGUGUUACUUGAAGCGAAUCCUGAGGUGGAAGGUCUAAUCUGUCUAUUUUGACUAUCCGCACUUUCCUAAGAUUCAGGUUGAAGCUUCCCCCAAAUUUUCCAGUCUUUCAUUUUUAAAUUAAAGGUAUCCAAGAUUAUACCUAGUGUUGGAUUUGGGGAACAUCUGUACACAAAAACCAUGUGGAAAAAAAAACAUUUCAUCAAACCUGUUGGUAGAAAGCUGCAGUGUUGUUUCCUUUUUCUAUUUAUUGUUUAUCCUUUGCACUUUAAGUGUCAAUACAUGCUGUUGUAUAUUUGGUUUUUUUCUCCCCAUUCCUAGAGUAUUUCCUACCUAGGUGAUUGCUCCGUCAAUCCUCCAUGUGUUUUUUGUGUUACAGAAACGGAGAUCUCUUUGACUGACAUAUAUGGCAUCUGAACAAAUUUAAUACUUGAUGUACAGUAUAUUUGUUUUUCUGUGUCCUAGCUUUAAGAGAUCCCAGAUCUCUUCCUAGUUUGCAUAGAUUUUGAUUUGAGGAGCAGUUAAGGAGCUUGUUUGAUUGCCCUGCAUGCUAAUGUCUGUGGUUGUAUUUGAAGAAGAAGAAAAAAGUGCAAUUUGAGUAGCACUUUGUGAUGAAUGAGUGAAAACUGGGCUUUGCAAUAAAACAGAUGAUAUUAAUAUGUGUUAAGUUGUGUUCUCAGUGCUCUUUGUAUUUCUUUUCCAAGUGUUUAAUAGUGGUUGUUAAUUUAAAAAGGGGGCAAACUCUGAGAAAUCCCAUUGGGUUUUUAUUUAUUUAUUAUUCAUUGGGCAAGCAAUGGUCAAAGCAGCCUCUAUGGACAUGUAGACCGUAAUAAAUCUUUAAGGGCUGUCAAUUGCAUGAUUGGCAGCACAGAGGAAAUGGCCUGAUACCAUCUUUUGGCUUCUCAGAGUGAACUGUCUUCAGCCACAUAUAUGCUUUCUUUCAUUUCACUUUAAAACAAAACAAAACGAAGCUGCAAAACAAACAGAUAAGCGAAUCGGUCCAAGAAUUUGGAGUGGGAGUGAGAAAUUCUGUACUUUAACCGCAUUGAAAUCUCCCCGUUGUGAGAAUUGCUAAAGAGAAGAAGUUUCGGUUUUAGAUACCUUCCACUGGCAUCUCCACAUCUUCGUACCCUCUCCAGAUGUCUCCGCACUCCAAAGAUUUGAGUCAGUCUUCACUCCUAGAAGAGCAUAAGAACUCCUGCGUCCAAAUCGGAGCAUUCCAACCGUCAGACCACUUUUACGUGACUUUAUAAUGCUUUAGGAUAAUUUCACAUGCCUUAAGCCUGCCUGCCUGUUCCUUUUCGUGGAAAACGUUGCUUAAACGGGCAGUUUAAGAACUCCUCUUUUUUUCCUUCUCUCUCUCUCUCUUUCUCUCUCUCUCUCCCUGGUGUACUUUUGAAGUUUACAUGUUACAAAACGGAGUACGGAAACGGUUCUUGGAUUUAAGCGGUACUUUGUUUACAUGUUCGAUAUAAUGUUGGGGUACAUAAAAAGGGUGUUUGUGUUUGUUUUAAUUUAAAGCACAUGGAUUGUGCCCUACGGGCUUUUUGUGGCCACAGUGCAAAACUCUGGCAAAACACUGUAUUAAGGGUAACCGAAAGCCUGUGGCCUUUUUUUUUUAUUUUAUUUUUUAAAUGUAGUUUGAAUUGACCGGGUUUUUAUAAAACGUAAGGCAAAGUCUUGUAUUUUGGUCUGAACUGUGUGCUGUCGUUUUACUUUGCAUUGUAUGUAUCAGAGGUUUCUUAAAAACUUGAACUCUUUUAUAGAAGGAUGCAAACCAAAACUGAACUAUCUUACAGAUGGUUAAUAAACUAACCAAAUAAACACUUUAUGGUUGCAUACA